AGUAGGGUGGGGGUGGGAAAUUAUGUAUACUCCAGGUUUCUUUAUCUUUAGGGGGUAAAUUAUAAUAUUUUAUUUAUUUGCGUUUAUUUUCUAAGACAUUUUUUUAUAAAUGAAAAAAGAAACAAAUUAAAUAAGAAAAGAAAGAUCAAUAACAUGGUAAUUUCACUCCUCUCCCCUCUCCUCUGUCCCCUCUCCCAUCUCAAGAUGUUUCGUGUUGCCGCGCGUGUUCGGUGGUGCGAUGGCCGUCACGAAAUCUUCCCCGUUUCUUGUUUCUCUGGAAACUGCUGAAGGACAAAAACUGCUAGAAGAAAGUCGAUUUGGGCAUUUACUUCCUUAUUUCUGUAAGCAAGUAAAUUCUAAGUACUGCGGACUCUGCAGCGCUGCUAUUUGUCUGAAUGAAAUUCUUGACAAGCGACUAUCCUUGAACAACUUUCGCGUGACGGAGAAAAUUGACGAACUUGUUCAACUAAAAGAAACGAAGACAACCAUACGAGAAGAUGAUAUUCUCCAGUUAGGUGAAGCUAGAUCAGUUCUGAGGAAAGAAGACGUCGAUAAAGAGGGAAUUACGCUCGAAACCUUCGCGAAACUCAUCAACAGCGUAGGUUUGUAUGGACGUUUUCAUCACGUGUUCCAAUCACAUGAAUCGACGCCAAGAACUUGUCCAGUGAUUUCAUCAGUUGACGAAUUUCGAUCUACUGUCUUAGAAAACCUGGAAAAGGCAGGAUCUCACGUGGUGGUGAAUUAUCACUUCGCAGCUUUUUAUCAAUGGGUUAAUUUGGGACAUUUUAGUCCAUUAGGGGGGUAUCAUUUUGGAGAGGACAUGUUCUUGCUGUUGGAUGUUUGGCCAAACAAUCCAAUUGGUUGGGUGAAGACAGAGAAGCUCUUCGAUGCUAUGACACCAGAAGAUAGUUCUUCUCACUUGCCUAGAGGAUUUUGCAUAAUUAAUGCUGACUGAAUAUUCUAAAACGAUUUUCUUUUAGACUGAGAUAAAUUUAUUUUGGCCUUUUUGGCUUAAAUGUUAGUAAAUAAAUUUGACCUCCUGCAGGCUCAAGAAUUCCACAUUUGUUUUGAGGUCAUUGUACGCAGUAUUAGGGCCAGUUUAGUUGAAGAUGUUUUUCUUCCAAAUGCCACAUGCAAUAUGUUUGCGGCACCAGCUGAAUCAAACCAUCAAGUCUCACGCAAGUCAGGGCUGUAACCAGAAAAAAAUAUGACUGAGGUAUGGUUAAAUUCUCUCCCUGGGUAUUUAGCAGUGUUUUAUUCCCCCCUUCUGCCAAAAAAAAGAAAUCAAUGGAAAAAAAAAACAACACAAAAAUGAAAAAAAUGACUGAAGCAAGUGACUCAGUUUCCCUCUUACUGGCUAUGGCCUUGCAAUGUCCCCAGGAUGGGUUGUAGGCAGAAAUCUUACCAUCAAAUUCGGUCCUGAGAAAUUUGACUUCUUAAAAUAAUCUGAACAGUAACAAUUAUGAUCUUGUGAGAUUUGUAUGAAGUGAUAGUUGAUGAGCCUGAAGGCAGAAUCAGCUAUACUACAUUAGUAGCCAGUGAUGAGUGAUGAAAGGAAGUCUUAGUGUCUAAGAUCCUGGGAAAGUGAGAUUAAGAACACCAACAAAAAAAAUACUUGUAUGCUCCCUCUGCACUCAGAUAUACAGUUGUAUUUUAAUAUAUUUUUUCUGAGGUUUCAAGAAUUGUACAUUCAUUAAUUACUAUUAUAAAAACAAGUGAUUGAUCAUGACUGACCAAGUUAAGUUUGAUUGAGGAACUGAACAGAAGACCAGCAAUAGACAUAGUAAGUAUCAUUAACGCGACUAAGUCUGAUCCAUUUAUUUAUUUCACAAAAAAAAUGCCCUUGAAAAACAUUGCAGACAACAAAUGUUAAUAAGCUUAAAAUACAUGAAACUCCCAAACAUUCUUCCAUCGAAGUUGAAAUUGGAUUGAAUUCAUAUGAUUCAUUUAUUUUUGCCCCCCAAAAAGCGAACUUUGCCCCGAGAAAUAUCUUUUUUCGUAUGCACUCUAUCAGCCAAUCUGAUUGGAUAAUGAGAGGGGACUC